AUGGAAGCGUCUGACCGCCUGAAGCAGGAAGGCAACGUGUAUUUCCAAGAAAAGAAGUUUCAGCACGCGGUAGACUCGUACUCGCUGGCCAUCGAGGCGCACAAGACGCCGACGCUUCUGUGCAACCGCGCAUUUGCCUACUUGAAACUCGAACUUCCAGGGGCGGCGCUUGCGGACGCACAGGAGGCAAUCGAGAUCGACCCUGGUUUUGUCAAGGCGCACUACCGCAAGGCGUCUGCCCACCUGCUGCUCGGAAAGUUCAAGGAUGCGCAGAGAGAAUUCGCUGCCGUUCUCAAGCUUGUGCCGAGCGAGAAGGAUGCGCAACGGAAGUAUGACCUCUGUGAAAAGGAGCUCAAGCGCAUUCGCUUCGAGAACGCUAUCAAGUCCAAGGACGGCGAGGCGGUAUCUAAGACAAUCAAGCUCGGUGUCAUCGCCGCAUCGUACAGUGGCCCGCGCAUCGAGAACGACACCAUCACGGCGCAGUUCGUCGAGGCGAUGCAGGAGCACUUCCGCGUUGAGAGAAAGAUCGAUCGCCAUGACGUCGUCUUUAUACUGCUGGAGGUGUUGAAGCUGUUUAAGUCGUACCCUAAUUUUGUGAAUGUCACGGUGCCAGACGGCGAGGACAUCACCGUCUGCGGUGACACGCAUGGCCAGUUCUACGACCUGCUCAACAUCUUCAAACUGAAUGGCAAUCCGUCGCCAACAAACCGCUACCUCUUUAACGGCGACUUUGUUGAUCGCGGAUCGUACUCGGUUGAGAAUGUGCUCACCUUAUUUGCGUACAAGCUGCUGUACCCAGAGCACGUCUUCCUCUCCCGCGGCAACCACGAGGGACUGUCGAUGAACCGCGUGUACGGCUUUGAGGGAGAGGUGCGGGCCAAGUACUCGUCCGAGGUGUUUGAUUUGUUCUCAGAGGUCUUCAACGCCCUCCCGACGGGGCACAUCAUCAAUCAUCAGGUGUUCGUUGUCCACGGUGGUCUCUACUCACGCGACGACGUCACCAUCUCUGACCUGCAGAAGCCGAAUCGGUUCCGCGAAAUCCCCGAGAGCGGCCUCCUUUGUGAGAGUCUUUGGGCGGACCCGCAGCCGAUGUUGGGUCGAACACCGAGCAAGCGAGGCGUUGACUGUCCUUCUUUCGGCCCCGAUGUCACCGAGACCUUCCUGAAGAACAACAAUCUGACGCUCGUCGUUCGCUCGCACGAGGUGAAAGAGGAGGGCUACGAGGUAAGCCACAACGGGAAGUGCAUUACUGUAUUCAGUGCGCCAAACUACUGCGAUCAGAUGGGCAACAAGGGCGCCUUCAUUCGCUUCACGGGCGGCUCCAUGCAGCCUCAGUACACCACGUUUACUCACGUGGCCCACCCUGGCAAGCGACCAAUGCAGUACGCCUGCGGUGCGGGCCUAUUUUGA